AUGUCUGGCGCAGGAGAGCGAGAAGCCGUCUUUCCGACCCGGCAGUCGCUGGGUAUUAUGAAGGCCAAGCUCAAGGGAGCUGAAACCGGACACAGUCUAUUAAAGCGCAAGAGUGAAGCCCUUACAAAGCAAGUUCCCCUGCUCAUCGCCAUGCCGCGCUUCCGAGAAAUCACCAAACGAAUCGAUGAGGCAAAACGAAAGAUGGGGCGAGUGAUGCAGAUCGCAGCGUUCUCCUUGGCCGAGGUGACAUAUGCUGUCGGAGGCGACAUUGGCUACACAGUGCAGGAGUCCGCAAAGUCGGCUCGGUUCCGGAUUCGCGCCAAGCAGGAGAACGUCUCUGGUGUGCUGCUUCCAGCAUUUGAAAGCUAUGUUGACGACGGCAGCAACGACUUUGCCAUGACGGGACUGGGCAAGGGCGGUCAGCAAGUGCAAAGAUGCCGUGAGACCUAUGCCAGGGCAGUCGAGGCUCUUGUCGAGCUGGCAAGUCUACAGACAGCGUUUGUCAUCCUCGACGAAGUCAUCAAGGUCGUCAACCGAAGAGUCAACGCCAUCGAACAUGUCAUCAUACCUCGGACCGAGAACACCAUCAAAUAUAUCAACUCUGAGCUCGACGAGCUCGACCGUGAAGAGUUCUACAGACUUAAAAAGGUUGCAGGCAAAAAGCAAAGAGAUAACGAGGAGGCAGACAAGGAGAUGGCCUCCAGGAAGGCCGAGCAGGCGCAACGUGGAGACGCGCCGAAGGAAUCCGAUGGUCCCUCAGACAUACUCGGCAACGAGGACGAGGAAGAUGUCAUAUUCUGA